AUGGAACAUAUAUGCACGGAGUGUACGCUCACAUUCUCAAAACAUUCUAAUUUAAGAAGUCACCUGAAAACGUUUCAUCCUGAUAAACUGGGCAUAAUUGCACCCAACAAAACAUUUAAGUCUAUUGUACUUUGUAACAAAUGUCCCAAAAGGUUCUCUAAAUAUUCCAAUUUAAAAAGGCAUGUCACUAAGUUUCAUCCAGAAAAUAUCAACGAGCUGACUUCAUCUAAGAUUUGCCCAUAUCAAUGCAGUGAAUGCCAGAAAAAGUUUUCACAUUUACAAAAUCUUAGAAAACAUAAAAAAAUUCAUGCAAAAGACAGUGAUAUUGGAAAAAAGCAACAAAACUUCAAGUGCAGUUUGUGUAACUACGAAAAUUCUAUAAAAUCCAAUUUAAUUCUUCAUUUCGAAGAAUAUCAUGCCAUUAAAAUAGAGCAACAAGAUCUUCACUUUUCUAGUGAACUAGAAUUUCAAAAAUGGAAAACUGACAUGGAAAAAAAAGAAUUUUCUUCAUAUGUCACAUACAGUCAUCCAUAUACGACUGCAGAGGGCAUUAAGAAACAGAGUUAUAUUUGCCAUCGUUCAGGUUUUUAUGUGAAAAAGGGUAAGGAUAUGCGAUAUUUAAAAACCAAAGGAAGCAGAAAAAUUAAUGGAAUAUGUCCUUCUCGAUUGAAAGUUUGUAUUUUACCAGAAAAUGGCAAUGUUAAAAUUAAUUUUAUACAAACUCACAUUGGUCAUGACAAUGACUUGGGCCAUUUGAAUAUUACUAAAAAUAAAAAAAAAAGAAAUAGCUAG